AGCGUUUUACUAUUCAUGGGUUCUUUUUCAUAAUUUCAGGGAAAUGAAGCAAGCUACCCCCUGGAAAUGUGCUCGCACUUUGAUGCGGAUGAGAUUAAACGCUUGGGGAAGAGGUUUAAAAAGCUUGAUUUAGAUAAUUCCGGUUCUUUGAGUGUGGAGGAAUUCAUGUCUUUGCCUGAACUGCAACAGAAUCCACUGGUCCAGCGAGUAAUAGACAUAUUUGACACAGAUGGAAACGGAGAGGUCGACUUCAAAGAAUUUAUAGAAGGAGUCUCCCAGUUCAGUGUCAAAGGUGACAAGGAACAGAAGUUGAGGUUUGCCUUUCGCAUCUACGACAUGGACAAAGAUGGCUACAUUUCCAACGGGGAGCUGUUCCAGGUUUUGAAGAUGAUGGUUGGGAACAAUCUGAAAGAUACUCAGUUGCAGCAAAUUGUAGACAAAACCAUAAUAAAUGCAGAUAAAGAUGGUGACGGAAGAAUAUCCUUUGAGGAAUUCUGUGCUGUUGUAGGAGGCUUAGACAUCCACAAAAAGAUGGUGGUAGACGUGUGACUCUUUAGGACGCCACCCGACACUUUUGCUUUCUUCUCCAUCUCUGAAGAUCUGCUCAAGACGUCCAGCAACGCUCUCUUGUGUAUUUAAAUGGAAGUAUUUUUUUUCUCUGUGAAGCCACAUUUUCCAACAUGAGCCUCAUGAAGCCAACUUAAGUGUUAUUGAACUUUUUUAUUCUCUCAAUAACUCCGUGUAGCACUUUAAAGUCUGAAGGACAGCAAAGAUGGAAAAGAGCAUAUCAGUGUGGUGGAGAAAGGGAAGGGGGGUUGGCUUUUUAAUUUAUUUUUCUCAUCUUUUAUAACAAGGAAAUAUCUAUCUAUAUAUAUAUGUGUGUAUUUAUAUAUAGAUAUAUAUGUAGCUUUCUAUAUGUAGUUAGCUAAGUGGGCUUUUAAUUUAAUAUACUUGAUUCAGAAACACAACUAGCGUACAAAGUGCCAAGCAGAACAUUAACAGUUCAAUAUAUGGAUAUACAUCUUUACUUUUAUGUCACACAAGUUUUAGAGGAAUGUAACGUUUUAAAUGGUCGUUAGGUCAACUCUUUCCUUUUUUUUCCGGUGAUUUAUUUCAGAUAUCUAUCUAUGGACCGGCUGAGAAAGCAUUGCUUCCUGUUCAUUUACCUUAAUAUUUUUUUUUUUGUAAGACAGGAAAUGUAAACGUGUGUUUAUAUGCCUGUCGCUCUAUUACCAGGGACUGCAUCUUUUGCUUGAUCGCUUCCAAGUGUAAUUCUACUUUAUUAGUACGAGCGUAUGUAAUUUAAUGUUAAUGCCAAGAGCUCGCCCUUGCGUGCAAAUAGGAUUUUACGGAACGGGUGCCGUUGGACAAGAAAGAUAUCCCUGGGACAGACCAGCUGCCAUCGAUUCAGAGCAGAUAAGAACAGUUGAAAGCGCUUGCUUUUGUUUCUCAGCACUUGGUGUAAUUAUUAAGAAUUUGGGAUGGACAAAGGCGAUUGCGUAGGAUUCCCAGCGCACAGCAAAACUAUUUAAGGAAAAGCAGAACAGAAACCUCUCUUGCCAUUAAAGUUACGUUCCAACGGUUAUUUCCCUUGCUCAUUUAACGUAGCAUCACAGGUUGCGUAAAUAAAACUGGUAAUAUUUUAUAUAUGUGUGUAUAUAUAUAUAUGAUUAUAAUGGAUAUUACGGGGGAAAUGUAAACCUCUGCCAUAGGGAAGGAGGAAAGCGUCACAUUAUCUAAAUUAAUACCUCUCGUUCUUCUGCAGUUCUUCGCUUGGAGAAUUUUUUUUUAGAUUUGUCCAUAUCAUGACUCGUAACGGAUAGCAACUUGAUGUGUGAUAUAAAAGUAGCGUACUAUGUUCUAUUUACAACUUUAUAUCAUCCCUUUUUUCUUUUCUGCAAUUGGUACUAUUGGUCGGAAGAAAGAUUCGCGUUAGACUUUUGAUUUUAGGAGAGCACGCCCUUUUUUUUCCUAUUAACUACAUCAACAGCAACCAGAAAGGUUUUUUUUUUUUUUGGUCAGCAAUUGGAAAAAAAAGGCAGGCCGUGCGAACGUUAAAUCGGUCAGUGGCCUGCCUGCCGUCCGCUGUUCCUUCAAAACUGAGUGCUGCACUCCACGGGGGGCUCCCGUCUGUGAGAAAUCCGGGUGCUUGGUGUCCUUGCAUGACAUGACGUUUUGCAUGUAGAUCGAUUUGAAAAAAAAACAAAACACACACCACACGUUCCUCUUGUUUACAUGAUUUGCGUAAUUUAAGAGACAAAAGAUAAUGUUGCCAAACUUUUGGUAAAUGUUUAAAAACAGAGAAUCUCCACGACAUGUUAACUUUCUUUCCUCUGGAUCAGGACGUGGCUUUUAUAAUCCCGGCCAGCGGUUCGUUCCCUGUUCCAGCGUCGACUGCCAUGCGCGCGCUCUGCUUCGGGGGGAACUAGUCUUUUGUGAAUCUAUUUUUUUUUUUUGUACAUAAGGAUUUGUUACAAAACAUUUUAGCAAAAACGCUUUCUAUUUCUUAAUUGCUUGUGCAUAUCCUGGCUGGCGUUAUAGAAUAUAGUGCUAACAUUACUUUCUUAUGGGGGGAGGCGGGGAGGGUGGGGACAUGAGACUUUUUUUAGUUUGUGUGUGGAAAAUGGGUUAUGUUGAAUGUUUAGGGAUUUCUUCCCCCCUCUGCAUGCUAUAUCAUACAUUGUUGGAACUAUAGGAACCUUCAUACUGUAUGAAUAAAAAAAUAAAAAAUAUUUGAACUUUA